AUGGCACCUUCCCCGCGCUGCGCGCCAAACCGGAUUGAAUUGCCUCGACCGUUGCCGUACCAUGGCCGCGUGCAAAAUCUGGUCCUGCGCAACAUCGGCAAGCGUUUCGGGUCGGUGACGGCCGUGGACGGCUUCGACCUUGCCGUGGACCAGGGCGAGUUCCUGGUCAUCAUCGGGGAAAGCGGCUGCGGCAAGACCACGCUGCUGCGGAUCAUCGCCGGGCUGGAGACCCCGGACACCGGCGAAAUCCUCAUCGGCGGGGUGCCGGUGAAUGACGUGCCGCCGGGGCAAAGGGAUGUCCAGCUCAUCUUCCAGAGCUAUGCGCUGUGGCCGCACAUGCGCGUUUUCGAAGACCGCAAGUAUGCCAACCUGACGCUGCCGCUGCGCAUCCGGAAGUGGUCCGUGGGCGCCAUCCGCGAGCUCAUCCGGCCCCUGGCCGCGGCCCUCAACAUCGAGGAACGGCUGUUCGCGCGCAAGCCCCAGGAGCUGUCCGCGGGCCAGCAGCAACGGGUGGCCGUGGCCCGGGCCAUGACCACGUUCCCGCAGAUCAUGCUCAUGGACGAGCCCCUCAGCAACCUGGACCCGCCCAACCGCCGCAGGGUCCGGGCCGAGAUCCGCGCGUUUCACAAGGAACAGCGUCUCACCACCCUUCUCGUCACCCACAACCUGGAGGAUGCCCUGGAGCUGGCCGACCGCAUCGCGCUGAUGCACGAGGGUCGCAUGGUGCAGGUGGGGACCGCCGAGAACCUCAUGCGCCAUCCCGCCAACGAGCACGUCAAGGACUACUUCCGCGUCCGCCCUUCCUACGGCGUGCCGUUCCAAUGA